AUGGAAUUAUCCACAGAACACCAUCACCCUUUAUACCUUAAACUUUAUCAUUACCUUUUCCAUCACUUUCUGAUGUCUCAUUUCACAAGCAUACCGGUCAUCGAUCCCGGUCUUGGCCUAUUUUCAACUUAAUGUCAGGACAGUAUCUCUGCAUGGUGAUGAGGGUGAACCUUGACUGCAAUGCUUGCUGUAGAAAGAUGAGAAGAGUCCUCCUUAAUAUGAAAGAAAUAGAGCAGCACUUGAUAGAGAAGCAGCUUUGCAAUGUGAGCGUGUGUGGGAGAUUUCAGCCGUCAGAUGUGGCAAUAAAGAUAAGGAAAAAGAUGAAGCGCAGAGUCGAAAUACUGGAGGUUCAGGAGGUCAGCAGCGUCAACGGUCACGCAGAGGAGAACCCCAAGGAACAACAAAACCAUGCCUUGCAGCAGCAUGGCAUAACAAAUCACCACUAAAUUUAGGUUGUACUGUAAUACACAUGCAUUACAUAAUUCAGAAAACAUAGUAGGAUAUAUGUAAAAUCAUUCUGUAUGUAAUCUUCAACGAGUUAUCUUUACUUAGUGUAGUUA